AUGGCAUUUGUUCAUAUGACAGAUCGAAUCGAAUUCAUGAAUUUAGCUUAUUUGAUACUUCUCAAUGAAAAAACUCCUAAACCAACUGAACUUGUUCAACAAUUAUUACACGUCACCUCUCUCAUGCAAGGUGAUAUUGAUGGGCGGAAUAUCACUGGUGAAGUGUCGAUUUGUCUACAAUUAUUAUCCAAUAUUAUGCAAACGAUUUAUCAAUACUUUCAAGAAAAAGAUGUUCAGAAUGCUACAUUGAUGGUUGAUAUUCAACAAUGGAUUACUGCCACAUUGAAAGCAUCCAUUCGAGUAUCUCGUGAUGGAAUCAUUUGUCUAUCGAAAUUUUUAAAUCAACCAACAUGUCAUUUAUCCUUACCGAUGAAACAAUUUCUUUUUGAGGAAUUAUCGAAUAUUUAUAUUGAAACUUUUCAACAAAAUCGUAUUGGCGCCAAUCGACAAUUUACCUAUUUCUGGGAUCGUAUUUGUCUUCUGUCCAUCAUCAUGGAUUGUCUCCCUGAUCCAAAUCUAGACAAUUUGUAG